GGGAUCUUGGAGGAACGCCGAGCGUGAACUGCUUAAAGGGCUAGGCUGAAGUUUACGCGUUUUCGUAGGUAACUUUCCCGCCUUUAACCUCUCAAGAUUUGGAGGCUCCUUUUGGCGGGCAGUUGCUUCUUUGGCGUUUUGAUGAAUGAAUAUAAAGAAAAUGGAAAUAGUGCUUAUACUUCUUUGAGACCGAUACAGACUACAACUUCAGGGGAAGCAGCUAAGGUUUAUCUUUCCCCAUUUUCGCUCAGCAAUUCCAAGCUAGUACUAUUUAAGUUGUCUACAUCCCCAUGUGAAAGCAAUUCUAACAAUGCCGUGGCUCCUGAGAAGACUGCCCAGAGGAAAGCUUGUAGAAGGGUUUUAACUUCAGAGAUGAAGGCCGUGUCUUCCAAGGCAGAGUCCCUUCUGCUGAAACCACCUGUGGAUGCUUAUUCUGAAAGUGAGCUGGAACACAGGAGCCCAGCAGAGCCGGUGGCUCUCAGUGUGGACAUGAGAAGCAGUGACGAGGAUAGUGCACCAGGCCUGGAUGAUUUUUCAGGAUUGUCAUCUUAUGAAAGGAAGAGAUUGAAGAACAUCAGAGAGAAUGCAAACUUUUUUGCUUCCCUUCAGUUAUCUGAGUCAGCUGCAAGGCUCCGUGAAAUGAUAAAGAAGAGACAGCCUCCUGAAUUGAAGAGAAAGAGGCCUAAGAAGAAAGAAAAUGAGAUUGGAUGUCGAAGGUCCAUGCGAUUGUUAAAAGUAGACCCUUUGGGAGUUUCAUUGCCAGCAGCUCUGACAGAGCCAACGUUAGACGAAGAAGAAAAUCCUUUGUUACCUCCUGGACCCUUAGAAAUGAUUCCUGAAAACCAAGAUGACAGCGGUGAACUAUUCAAAGCUUCUUUGAAGACGUGGGCAGAGAUGAGCAAGAUAAGUAGUGAGAGGACCAAGAAGGGGCUGUCUAGCGUUAAAAGCUACAAAGCCAAUUUAAGUGGUAUGGCCAUCAGUGAAGCUACUGUUCGUAAAGUGACGAGAGGUGCAAUCUCCUCUGUGGCCCUCCACCCAUCAGAAGUGAGAACCUUGGUAGCAGCUGGGGCCAAGUCUGGGGAAAUCGGACUUUGGGAUUUGACCAGGCAAUGUGAAGAUGAAGUAUAUGUUUUUUAUCCCCAUAGUCAGCCUGUUAGCUGUCUUUACUUCUCACCCACCAAUCCAGCCCACCUACUGUCACUGAGCUAUGAUGGCACAUUGCGAUGUGGGGAUUUCUCCAGCGCUGUUUUUGAAGAGGUGUACCGAAACGAAGGAAGCAGCCCUUCCUCCUUUGACUUCUUGGCAGAAGAUGCUUCCACUUUGCUAGUGGGACACUGGGAUGGACAUUUGUCACUGGUAGAUAGACGAACACCUGGAACUUCCUAUGAGAAACUUUUUAAUUCAUCUUUGGGAAAAAUAAGAACUGUUCAUGUCCAUCCAGUAUCCAGGCAGUAUUUUAUCAGUGCAGGAUUAAGGGAUGUUCACAUUUAUGAUGUGAGGUGCCUGAAUUCCAGGAGAAGCCAGCCUUUGAUCUCCUUGGCUGAACACUCGAAGAGCAUUGCUUCUGCAUAUUUUUCACCUGUCACUGGUAACAGAGUGGUGACCACAUGUGCUGACUGUAAGCUGAGAGUCUUUGACAGCAGCUCUAUAUCAUCAGAAAUUCCUCUCCUCACAACCAUCAGGCAUAACACUAUCACUGGGAGAUGGCUAACGAGGUUCCAAGCUGUGUGGGACCCAAAACAAGAAGAUUGCUUCAUAGUUGGCAGUAUGGCCCACCCACGGCGGGUGGAAAUCUUCCAUGAGACAGGAAAGACUGUGUAUUCUCUUUUGGGAGAAUGUCUUGUAUCUGUGUGUUCCCUCAGUGUUAUGCAUCCUACCCGAUAUGUUCUGGCUGGAGGUAAUUCCAGUGGGAGGUUACAUGUUUUUAUGCGUCAAGACAGCUUCUGAGCCAUAGGGUAGGUUCAACAAUUUGCUCAAAUUGUUGUGUGGCAAAGGAACCUCGUGGUUCUCUCGGUUUAGUGCCUCUGUUUGGUAAUGUGUUAUAUUUAGUAACCGCAACAUUGCUUUCUGAUUGAGACUGUGCAGAAUGUCAUAUUAGCAUGGGAGGAACUUGAAGGCCAUUGCUAGAGGGGGUGGGAGGGACCAGGAACAGAAUCUGAGAUGCUUUCAGGACCUUGUGUAGCUCAGGCUGGCCUCAGACUCUCUGUAGCCAAGAAUGACCUGGAACUCUGGAGCUUCUUGCCUCCACCUCCUCAGUGCUAAGAUUACAGGCUUGCACCACUCCACUCAGCAUCUUCAACACUUUUAAUUAGGCUAUAUUUUGAGAAAUUCUGUCAAAUUAUAAAGCUUUGAAUGGUCAGUAUUAACUUUUCUGUAAUAUAAUGAGACCAUUUUUGAUGCAAUGGUGAUUUGUAGAUCUGCAAUUUCUUUUAUAGUUUGGGGUAGAUACUUAUUUCUCACACUGGAAUAGGUCCUAAAAGAUCAUCUAAGUGUAAUUAUGAAAUAUGAUUAGACCUCAGGGACUGUCACAUGUUAGGCAAGUAUCCACUAUUGACCCAUACCCUAGCUUUAAAACUUAGUUGUUCUGCUUUGUUGUUGUGUUGGGGACUGUGUUUUGCUCUGCACCUCAGGCUUGCCUUGAGUUUUAAGUUCUCCUGCCUCACUUUCCCAAGUGCUAGGACUAUUGGUGUGUACUACCAUGCCCAGUCAGAACUUAGCUUUGUAAGCUAAGAGCCUUUUUGGGGGUCUUUGGGUCAGUUACAUGAAAUCCCACAAUUUUCUUUGGGAACCUUGGUUUCUGUGACUAGGGCCAUGUCUGCAAGCCUGCAGUGCUAUCUGCCUUCUGGGCAGCUGCAGAAAUGCGCUGGGGACUGCAGUGUUUGAACUUGCACCAUUAUCCUAUAUUCUAGCGUAUAACUGUGUACAGCUCACUGUGGCAGCUUUUCACAUGGAAUUUGUAACCCCAGCACUUGAGGUAGAAGCAGGAGAAUCAGAUGUUCCAGGCCAACCUGGCUCUCCUUCCCUUGACCCAGAAUUAGUAAAGCACAGAAAGCACAAUUGGGAUAUUUUUAUUUUUUAAUAGAAUAUUUAAAAAUAAAACUUAGUUUCGUAUGGUAUAUGUUUAUGUAUAUUCUGCUAAAUCAGUGGCUUGGUGUCACAGUGUAACAUGUAUCCAACUUUUUCUAUGUUACUUGCCAAAGUGACUACUGAAAGACUUAUAGUUUAGGUAGUAUGUUUGGAUUGCAAGAGGGAAUACUCUUAUAAUUAUGUG